AUGUUAUUUUAUUUCAUUUUAUUUCAAUUAGUCAAUUCAGACUGUUGGUAUUCACAAGAUAAUGAAAUUAUUUAUGAUCCAAAUCUUUCAGGAAUGACAUGUAGUAAUCGUGGAUAUGGAUGGAAAUUAAUUUGGGAUGGAACGAUUGAUUGGAUUAUAUUUACAGGAGAGUGUUGUGAAAAUAAUGAAAAUUAUUAUUCUAUCAGUUCAUUAGCAGAAAAUAGAAAUCCAAAAGGAAUAACAUUUGAUGAAUCAGCAACAGUUUCAUUAAUAAAACUUUUACCACCAUUUGUAGAUUCCAAAUGGAUUAUUGAUGGAAGAAAUAUAAAUAAUGAAUGUGAAAUUUAUAUAGGAAAUGCAAGAGAAUAUGUUGUAAAAGAUAAAGAAACAAUUAUUAUAAUUGGGACUAAAACAUUAAAAAUAUAUUUUGACAAUCAAGAAAUUAAUAUUAUUCAAUUUAAAGAAAAAGAACGACCAUAUAUGUUUAUUUCUGGAAAUUCAACUAUAUUAAGAGUCCAAGAAGAUUAUCAAAUUAAUGAAUGUCAUUAUCUUUUUAAUGCUAAAAAUGUUAUUGUUGAACAAUCUAACGAUUUUAUUAUUCAAGGAAUUUGUUCAUUUAUGUCACAAACACGUUAUAUUAAAUGUCCUAAAUCUAAAUUUAUUGAAAAUGAUUGUAGUUGUUUUAUUAAAUCAACUGUUAGUGAAGUUUCAUUUACUGAAUUUACUAUGAAUUAUCCUGAUUGUUUUGUGUCAAGUGAUUUCUUACCUUUAACAAUUAAAUCUCAUCAAACAAAUAUUAAAUUUGAUCAACAUAAUCACUGGUUAAAAUUAAUUAUUGAACCAAGAACACAACCACUAUUCAUUCAAAGUAAUGAACCAAUUACUAUUAAAGAAGAUUUUAUUCUUCCAUCAAUUACUUUUAUUUUACAAACGAAAUUAAUAAUUUCUUCUUCUUUAAUAAUUCAAAACAAUGAGAAUGAAUUUUAUUAUUUUAAAGAAAUUUAUGCUUCUUCAUUAAAAGUAAAUGAAUUAAAUAAAAACAAAAUAAUAUUUAAUUGUGGUUCAUUUUAUAUAUCUAAUAAUUUUAAUUUACGAAUUGGUUGUAAGAAUGGUUUAUAUAAUAGAAUAGUAUUAAAUGAAAGUCAAAUAGAAUGUAAUUGUUAUUACAAUAAUAAUACAUUUGAUCAAAAUGAUUGUAAUUAUGUUUCUCAAAUGGAAUCAAAUCAAUUAAAAUUAUUUGUUUUGAAUAAAAAUUCUUAUCAUCCUAAAACUGAAGUAUAUUGGAAUGAAAUAAUAAUUCAAAAUGGAAAAAUUGGAGGAUUUAUUAAAGCAAAUAAAUGUAUUUUAGAUAAUACAAUAAUUAUUUCAGGAAUUCUUAUAUGUAAUGAAAUGAUUAUUACUAAUUCAAUUAUUGUUAAUGAUAUUGCAACAGUAGAAAUAAAUCAUUUAAUAAUAAAAGGUAUUUCUCGGUGGAAGGGAAAUUGUCAUUUUAUUAAAAUAACAGUAAAUGGAAAAUUUGAUUAUGAUGGAAACUUUGUUUAUGCAGAUGUUGUUGAAAUGAGUGAAGAUACUUCAAUAACUUUUAUUAAUGGUGGUUAUAUAAAUAAUUUAACUUCAACUGGAUAUUGUGCUAUUACAAGUGCAUUUGAUUUAAUUAUUAAUGAAUGUAAUAGUACUUAUAUGAUAGAUAUAAUAGCACGUUCAUUAACAAUAAAAAAAGGAAUGAUCAAUUUUAAUAUAUUAUCAGUAACUCAACCAUUAAUAAUUAAUGAACAAGUUAUUUCUAUUGCAAUUAAUUCAAUAAUACAAAAUAUUGAUAAUCUCUUUCUUCUUCUUGAUAUUCAAAGAACUUCUAAACCUUUAAUUAUUCAAAAAAUUCCAAUUAUGAGUCCUCGUUCACAUCCAGUAGCUUUUCUUGAAACUAAGAAAAGACCAAGUAUUGUAAUUUCAUUAGAAAAUCAAUUUAAAUAUAUGUGUGAUAAUCAAGUUAUUAUUAUUGGAAAUAUAACAAAAUCACCAUGUUCUUCACUUCAUCUUGAUAAUAAAAUUUGUAAUUAUAUUGGUGGAUCAAUAUAUUUAAAUUCAAAUGGAAAUAUUGAUUAUUCAUGUCCUUGUAAUAAUGAUAAAAAUGUAAAUAAAACAUUAAUGAUUAAUUCAAAAGAAUAUUAUAUGAAACAAAAUGAAGAAUAUAAUCAAAUUUAUAAUCAAUAUAAUAGUAUUUUAUAUUCUCAAAAUAAAGAACUUGUUAUUAUAUUAGAAAAAGAUAUUCAAAUAAAUGGAAAUAAUAAUUCUAUUUUAUUUAAAUUAAUGAAUGACAAUAAUAAUAAAACUAUUUUAAAUAUUCAUAUUAAAGGAACUGCUAUUUUAUUUUGUGAAUUACAUUUUGGGUAUGAUAUAAAUAUUCAAUCUAAAUCUAUUAGUUUAUCUCAAAAUGGUUUAUGUAAAGUUGUAGUAAUUGAAAAUAAUAAAAUAUAUUGUGUAGUUUGUCGGUAUUUAAUGAAAAAUAAUGAAUGUUUAAGUGGUAAAGUUGAAGAAUGUAUGCAUUAUACAAAGAAUGGAAAAUGUUUUCAAUGCAAUGAAGGAUAUUAUAUUGAUAAAGAAAAGAAUAAAUGUAAUAAAUGUUCUGAACAUUGUCAAUAUUGUAAUUCGAAUGAAUGUAUUUUAUGUUAUAAUGGUUAUCAACUUCAAAACAAAAAGUGUGUAUUAUAUAAAGAACCAUGUAACUAUUUUAAAGGGGAUAUUUGUUAUAAAUGUCCUCUUGGAUAUUAUAAUAUAAAUGGUAAUUGUAAUAAAUGUAAAGAAGGUUGUAUAAUGUGUCAAAAUAAUAAUACAUGUGAAAGUUGUGAUAUUGGUAAUGGAUAUUUUGGAACAAAUUGUUCAUAUAUCGAGCAUUCAAAAAUAAUUAGUUCAAUAGUAAUUUGUGAAUAUGGAUAUUAUUAUAAUGGAAAUAAUUGUACACAAUGUGGAAAUAAUUGUGGAGAAUGUCAAAUAGAUUCAUAUGGAAUAAAAACGUGUUUGUCAUGUAUAAGUGAUGAAUAUUAUCUUAAUGAGCAAGGAGAAUGCAUAUUAGGAAAAGACAUUUGUUAUAUUGACAAUUGGAAAUGUAUUUCAUGUAUUAAUCCAAAUGAAUAUUUUAAUGGAUUAAAUUGUAUUUCUUGUGGAGAAUAUUGUACUUUAUGUUCUACGACUGGAAUUUGUGAAGGAUGUGAAAAUGGAUAUUAUUUACAUAAAGAAUUAAAUGAGUAUGAUCAAAUUGUUUUUCAAUGUAAACCAAAUCCUAUUAGUAAUUGUAUUGAAUAUAAUAAAGGAAAAUGUAUAUCAUGUAAUAAUGGAACAUAUUCUAAUAAUUAUCAAUGUCUUCCAUGUCAUGUAACAUGUUUAAAUUGUGUAUUAAAUUCAAAAACAUGUUUAAGUUGUAUUUCAGGUUUUAUGAUUCAAGACAAUACAUGUAUUAGUGCCAAACAAGAAAUUGAAUCAUGUGAAAUAUUUGCAUCAGAAAUAAAAGGAGAAUGUGCAAAAUGUAAAGAUUUUUAUUAUUUAAAUCAAAGUAUUUGUGAACGAUGUUCAAAUAAUUGUAAAAUUUGUAAUAAUUUAACUUCAUGUAUUGAAUGUGGCAUAAAUUAUUUUUUAAAUGAAACAGGAGAAUGUGAAUCAAUUUUUCAUUUAACGAAUUGUAAAGAAUUUGGAAAUAAAGGAUGUAUUUAUUGUGAUAAUGACACUUAUCUUGAUGGAAUACGAUGCGUUUAUUGUAAUGAUAUUCAACCAUAUUGUAAUAAAUGUCAUUGGGAAAGCGGAAUAUGUAUAGGAUGUAAAGAAGAAUAUAUAUUAUAUCAAGGUAAAUGUAUUCAUUAUUCAUUUAUUAGUCAUUGUAAAAUGGCAUCUAAUUCUAUAUGUAUUAAAUGUUCAUUUUGGUAUGAACCAACAAUAACAGGAAUAGAAUGUGAAAUUAAUAUAAAAUGGUGGAUAAUAAUUAUUAUAUUAAUUCUGAUACUAAUAGUAAUGAUAUUAUUAAUAACAAUUCUUUAUAUAAUUCUUAUAAAUAUUUGUUUAAAAAGAAAUCAAGAAUAUCAACCUUUAUUAAAAUAUCAAAAAGUUUCUCAAACUCAUUUGAAUUGGAUAAAUUUACAUUUAAAAGGAAUUGUUGUAAAUAAGAAAACAUUAAAAUUUACAGGAAAUGUUAAUGAAUUAGUUGAAAUUGAUCAACCAAUAUCAGAUACUUUUUAUAUUGGAAAUACAAAUAAAGAAACAAUAUAUAUAACAUUUACAUAUUUAAAUAAAAAUAAAGAAAAAUAUUGUAUUUUAAUUAAACCAGAAAUACUACAAUUAAAACAAGAUGAUUGUUAUUGUAUUACUGUGACUGUUAUACCAUAUUGUACAACAAUUAUUAAUGAACAAUUAAAAAUUGUUAAAACAAAUAAUAAAUUAGGAAUCGAUUCAAUUGAUUCAAUUAAUAUUAAACUUAGAACACAAUUAUCAACAAAACUUGAUUAUGAUGAAUUAAUAAUAGAAGAAAAAAUUGGAGAAGGAACAUUUGGAAUAGUUUAUAAAGGAAUCUUUAGAAAUAAUAUUGUUGCAAUUAAAAAUCUUAAAAACAUUCAAAUUAUAGAAGGAGUUGUAGAAGAAUUUAAAAGAGAAAUAUUUUUAUUAGAAAACUUUAGAAGUGAUUAUAUUGUUUAUUUUUAUGGAUCUGUUUUAUGGACAAAUAAAUUUUGUAUUGUAACUGAAUUUGCACAAUAUGGUUCUUUACAAAAUCUUAUGAAUACUUUAACCUUAAAUGAAAUAUCUUUAAAGUUAAGAAUUAAACUUUUAAUUGAUGCUUCAAAAGGAAUUAAAUAUCUUCAUUCAAAUGGAAUAUUACAUAGAGAUAUUAAACCUGAUAAUCUUCUUAUAUUUUCUUUAGAUCAAGACAUUUUUGUUAAUGCAAAAUUAUCAGAUUUUGGUUCUUCUAGAAGUAUUAAUUUAUUGGUAACUAAUUUGACUUUUACUAGUGGAAUUGGUACUCCUGUUUAUAUGGCUCCUGAAUUGUUAAAAAGAAAAAAAUAUAAAAUGUCGGCUGAUAUUUAUUCAUUUGCUAUUUUAAUGUAUGAAUGUAUUAAUUGGUGUUAUGCUUAUCCAAUUUCAAUGAAAACUUGGAAUAUAGCUCAAGAUGUUUGUUCUGGAAAAAGACCUCCAAAAGUAGAUUCAAUGAAUUCUUCAUUUUAUGAAUUAUUAACACAAAUGUGGUGUGAUAUUCCAAAUGAACGUUUAACAAUAGAUGAAGUAGUAAGACAAUUAGAAUAUUUACGUUAUUAA